AUGCCUCAAGCACAGAUCACCCUUUACACCGCAAAGAUAUGUCCUUACGCUCAAAGGACUGAAAUCGCUCUCGCCGAGGUUGGCGCUCCAUUCAAAAGAUACGAAAUCGAUUUAGGGAAUAAGCCAGAGUGGUACGCACCAAAGGUGAACCCUGCCAGCAAGGUGCCGGCUAUCGCUUAUGGUGGUCCCGAUGCUCCCCCAGAAAACCCUUCUCCCGAGUCUGUCAAAUUGGCAGAGUCGCUGAUUCUUGUUGAGUUCAUCGGUGAUUUGUACCCCUCCUCCGGUAUCGUACCUGCGGACCCUGUGCUGCGCGCCCAGGCCCGCUUCUUCAUCGAGGUGGUGUCCACUAAAUUCGGUCCCAAUUUCAUGAAGUUUAUAACCGGCAGCCCGGAAGGCACACAUACCGCUCUCCUGGCCGCCGUGGAAGCCAUUCAGGACAUUCUACCUGACGGGGUGAAAUAUGCUGUUAGCGACCAGUACACCAUUGCAGACAUUGCAUUGGCACCAUUCUGGGCAAGAUUGAACGUGUUGGUGCAGAAAGGAAUUGGUGCCUACAAAGAUGAAGACAGGAAGAACUUUUUGAAGGGUUUGGAGGACCCCAAGUAUGCGAAACUCAACAGUUAUGUGCAAAGAUUGCUAGCAAGGCAGAGCUUCAAAUCCACAUUCCACCCGGUGCGUCCGUUAAUCUUCCGGUGA